AUGAAGAAUGCCGCAGGUGGUUUUCUCAAGAUAGUUAAACAAACCAUACAUUUAACCUGUCACGUUAAACCACACUCCAACGCAUCAAGAGUAGGAAUAAAAGCCUUCUCAGACACAUCUUCCUCAAUCGAAGUAUGCGUCGCCCAACCAGCACGGGAUAAUGAAGCAAAUAAAGGAGUUGUCGAGGUUUUGAGUCAUAUAUUGGACUGUCCAAAGACCGACCUAGAAGUUAUUCGUGGGCGGAAAUCGAAGGAUAAGAUUGUUGCGUACAAAGGUGUAGAGGACUUGCUAGCAAAUGGUUCUCUAGCUGAAAUGACCUUGGAAGGAGUUAGAGAACGCUUGCGAAUAGCGUGCAGAGAUGCGAAGACUUGA